CAAAUAUAAAAAAUGACCAAAAGAAAAGGUCGCUCCACUCACUUUGUUUUCUUUUCAAGUUUCUGCUUUUUCUUCCUUUGAUCAAAACCCACUCUAAAUUGUCUUGGUCUCUGCUCCACCAUCUUCUCCCUCUCACUCUAUCAAAUUCCUCUCAUUUCUGAAAAUGGAGCCAACCAGCAAUGAAAUCGAUCAUGAAUUUCGAUUCUUCAGGACAUACAAAAAUGGUCACGUCGAAAAGUUCUACAGUACCCACAAAAUCCCACCUUCUAACAACCCCGUCACCGGGGUCCAAUCCAAAGACAUCAUAAUCUCACCCGAACCCGCUAUUUCCGCCCGUAUCUUCCUACCUAAGAUCCAUGAUCCGACCCGGAAACUCCCCGUCCUCUUCUACAUCCAUGGCGGCGGGUUUUGCUUCGAGUCCGCCUUCUCCCCGCUCUACCACAACCACGUUGCCUCACUGGUCACUGAAGCCCGAGUUAUAGCGGUGUCUGUCGAAUACGGGUUGUAUCCGGAUCGACCCAUACCCGCUUGCUACCAAGAUUCAUGGGCCGCUCUCAAAUGGGUCGUGUCCCAUUCGGCCAGGAAUGGACCUGAGCCAUGGUUGAACGAGUAUGCUGACUUUGACCGGGUUUUUAUAGGUGGGGACAGCGCUGGAGCGAACAUAUCGCACAAUUUGGCUGUUCGGGUCGGGCCUGAUGGGUUAUCGGGUGUAAAGGUUAACGGGAUUGUUCUGGUGCAUCCGUUCUUUGGGGGUCUGGAGGAGGAUGAUGAAAUGUGGCUUUACAUGUGUCCGGAGAACGGUGGGUUGCAGGAUCGUAGGCUGAAACCGCCCGCAGAGGAUCUGGCAAGGAUUGGGUGUGGGAGGGUGUUGAUAUUUUUUGCUGCUGAAGACCAUCUGAGGAAGGUGGGCCAGCGGUACCAUGAUGAGCUGGCGAAGAGUGAGUGGGGUGGGAGCGUUGAGGUGGUGGAGCAUGAAGGUGAGAGCCACGUGUUUCAUCUCAUGAAGCCUGAUUCUGAGAAGGCUACAAAUUUGAUCAAGAAAUUUGGUUCCUUCAUUAACCAAAAUUAGGCAGGUAUUUACCAACUUACCCCCUUAAAAGAAACAAGUUGAAAUUUUCAACAUGCAUUGUAAUCACAUCCAUUUACUUCACCUUGCUUGCUCUAAUGCUGUCUCUGCUUCUCAUACAUGCUUUGUUCACUAACCAGGAACAACUAUAAUGUGAACUUUGGAGAUAAAUUUAAGAAAAAAAAGACUUUACUCGA